AUGCUAGUUUAUAACUAUAUCAUCUUUGUAGAUUCGUAUUCCCAAAUGGACCCAGUGGUGACUGCGAGAGGAAAAGUUGAAGAAAACUUCAAAGGAGUGGUGCGAUGCACCGGACGCACAGCUCACGGUGAUGAUGUCGCAAAAAGAAGAAAAAGAAGCAGGAGACAAAGAUUUUGUUCAGAUUUCAGACUACUGUUCUAUUUCUGGAGAAGAGAGAGAUUGAGUAUAAUGUAUAUUUUUUCCAACGCAGUUAUUUUUGGUGCUGGUUGCUUGGUUGGUCAUGUUGCUGGGGCUGCUGCUGUGGUAGUGCCACAUAGCAUCGAGAUGCAUGAGGGUAGGCACUCACCCAAUGGGGGACCUAAAUUGUCGGGUUUGGGACAAUAA